AUGCUAACGCAUGAGACCGGUACCGGCGCAGAGCGGAUGAAGGACACCGGGCGGGUAGCGCAUGAUCCCCAUCAUGAGCACGAGGAUGAGGAUGCCUCUGAUCGCUCGGACGAGCAUCAUGCGCAAUUACACGAGGAUAUAGGGGAGGGCGAAGGGAGUGUAGAGAAGACGGCAGACGCGGAGGCUCAAGAAGAGGGACAACCGGGACGGCGGAAGAAGCUGGAAUUGCAAGACCAGACGAAUCUGCUGCCUGCGCGGCAGGUGAUUGUUGUUUUUGCGGGUCUGAGUAUGGCUCUGUUCUGCUCGCUACUGGAUCAGACCAUCGUUGUUACUGCUCUGCCCACCUUGGGACAGGCUUUCGGUCGCGCAGACAUAGUGUCUUGGGUCGGGACUUCCUACCUCUUAACAUCGACUGCGAUGCAACCACUGUACGGGCGUCUAUCGGACAUAUUCGGCCGGAAAGGAUCGCUCUUGUCGGCCUGCGUGAUCUUCUUCCUUGGGUCGCUGGGCUGCUCGGUAUCGGCCAACAUGAUCCAGCUCAUUUGCUUUCGGGCGAUUCAGGGAGUAGGAGGAGGCGGAAUCUUGACCCUCAGCAUGAUUAUAGUAUCGGACAUAGUGACGCUGAAAGAGAGGGGGAAGUAUCAAGGGAUCAUAGGAAUGGUGAUAGCCACGGCGAACAGCAUUGGGCCAUUGAUAGGAGGACUUCUCACUGAGAAAGCGACCUGGCGCUGGUCCUUCUGGAUCUCCCUCCCUCUGACAGCCGCCGCUUUCCUCGUCAUCCUCUUCCUCCUUCCCCUCAAGUCCGUCCGAGGGGAUACAAUGACCAAGCUGCGCGCCAUCGACUGGGCAGGCAGUAUCCUCACACUCGCCUGGGCCGUCCUCUUCCUCAUCGGCCUCUCCUGGGCCGGGACCCAAUACUCCUGGUCCUCUCCCGCUGUUCUCGUCCCCAUCAUCCUCGGACUCGCCCUCCUCGGUCUCUUCCUCUGGGUCGAAACCCACGUCGCUCUCCCCGUGAUCCCCUUGUACAUCUUCAAGUCACCUACCGUCUCCGCCUCAAUGGCAUCGACCUUCUUCUCCGGUCUCGCCUUCUUCUGCACCCUGUACUACCUCCCGACGUACCUCCAGAUCGUACAUGGCGCCUCGCCGAUCCGGUCCGGUAUCCUCACACUCCCGCUCGCCGCCACACAGACCAUCACUGCAUUCAUCGCCGGGUACGUCACCAGCCGGACCGGAGAUUACUACUAUAGUCUGGUGUCGGGCUUUGCCAUCUGGACGGUCGGUAUCGGACUUUUGACGACCCUGUCGACUACCACAUCCGAGGCGAUGUUUGUGGGGUAUCAGAUCGUAGUGGCGAUCGGCGCGGGACAGACAUUUCAGACCAGUCUACUUGCUAUUCAAGCGGCCGUCGAGCGGAAAGACAUGGCCGCUGCCACGGGAACGAGAAAUUUCAUGCGGAUGUUGGGUGGAACGGUUGGUCUUGCUGCGUGCGGAUCGAUCGUGAACAAUCUGGUCCGAUCAGAUCUGAGUCGCGCCGGGGUGAGCGAGUCACUGGUGCAGCGUAUCUUGAAGGAUCCCACUCCCAAGGGCGGCUGGACUGGCGAGCUGGACAUCAACAUCGUCAAGCAGUCAUACGUAGGAGGAGCUGAUCAGACAGCACACGGCAUAAGAGGAGUCUUUUACCUCCUACUCCCCCUCACAGCUAUCUCGUGCUUCAUCGUCCUCAUCUUUGUCAAAAAGAUCUCGCUCAAGCGGGACGAUGAUGCAAAGCGGAAAGAGGAGGGCAAGGAAUGGUUGGAGAGUAGACGGAACAAGAAAGGCAAGAAGGGUCCGGUGGAUGCGGGCGUGGUAGAGCAGGGACGACAUGGGGAUGGUGAGACAGAGGCGGCGUCAGCCGGGCUCGGUGAGAAGAUAAAGGAGGAAGUCAAGAAAGAGGAGAGAGCGCUAGGAGCGGCUGCGGAGGUGAUGGACGAAGCAGCAGGAGUGACGCCAAUCAGCCAUGGAGGGGAAGUAGACCGUAGAAUGUAG